AUGGAUGAAGCAGUAGUGCGUGUCGUCGAUUCUUGUACAGGAUGCCGAUUAGUAAGUCAGCCAGAGCUUCCCGAACCUAUGCAACGUCGAAAACUGCCGGAUGCCCCAUGGGUCGAUGUAGCAAUCGACUUUCUCGGACCGCUGCCUUCAGGUGAUUACCUCCUUGUAAUUGUUGAUUAUUUUAGUCGCUACAAAGAGGUAGAAGUUCUCAGGAAAAUAACUGCAUCAGAAACAGCUAUUCGUCUGGAAAAUAUCUUUGUACGGCUAGGUUAUCCCAGAACCAUUACUCUGGACAAUGGACGUCAGUUUGUUAGUAGAGAGUUCGAAGAAUACUGCAGAACCCGGGGAAUCGUACUCAACAGAACAACACCGUACUGGCCCCAGGAGAAUGGGUUAGUGGAACGCCAGAACCGGUCUCUGAUAAAACAACUGAAAAUCAGUCAAGCUCUAAAGGAUUGGAAACAAGAUCUGCUUACAUACUUAUCCAUAUAUUAUUCGACACCGCAGAGUACUACAGGCAAGACACAGACUGAGUUGAUGUACGGAAGGAAUAUAAGAACUAAAUUACCAUCUCUGCAAGACAUUAGUACAGCGGUGCCAUGUAAUGAUUUUACUGAUCGUGAUCAACAGGCCAAGGAAAGGGGAAAAGAAAGAGAGGACGAUCGUCGUAAAGCGAAACCUUCAAGUAUUGUGAUCGGAUAUAAGGUGUUGGUAAAAAAUUUGUUGCCUGGAAAUAAGCUUACCCCGACUUUCAACCCAACUACUAUGACGGUCACUGCAAAAGAAGGAUCUCGAGUUGUAGUUCAAGAUGAUAACGGAAGAGCUUAUCAAAGAAAUUCUAGUCAUCUGAAAAAGCUGGGUUUAGAUCCAAAUUCAACUGUUAACAACGAGGAUCCAAAUGCAUUUUCGUCGGUCGAGGACCAUCAUGACAUCGCCAAAGCCCGGAACAACCCAAAGAACGAGCAACAGCCGCGGCUGAGUCACCCGAAAAUGGAUCAAUUAAAGACAGUUGUGGAUGGGGAAACGAUGGAGAAGUUAAAAGGUUAUAUUCGUGGAGCUUUGAGAGCGUUAGUCUUUUUGACAGCACGUGGCAGCAAACGGGCUAGCUCGCCGGACGAGGACUUAAGUGCCCCGGAAAUUAUCGCAUCUCCAUUUAUUAAGUGGAUAAAGGUAGCAUAA